CGCACUCGGGCCGCGGCAGGCCCUCUGGAAGCCCGCAGCCUUGAGGGCUGGGCGGUCCUCACAGCCCGUCGUGGCCCGAGUGUGCGGGUCGCUGCUUGUGGCCGCUGCUUUUCGGAAGGAAACGAGUGCGGGAGGGCUGGAUUCUGCGGUCCGGACCGGGGGUCAGCCCGUAGAGGGCAGUCGGAGGCGGAGCCCCAGAAUAAAGGUCCCUUGCAAAACGCUGGAGCUAGAUUCACGCAUGGCUGGUCUCUGAGGGCCUGAGGACCCGCUAGACGCAAGAAGACGCCGUGGGCCGUCCCGCGGGCCCUGCCAGUCUCCAGAGAAGGCCUUUGAAGCGAAGCGAAUCGCUGCUGCGCCUCGCAGAGCCAGGUUCUGUUUCUAGCUUCUAUGGAUUCUGCUUCUUCAGUAAAUGAACUUUGAGGAAAACUGACCAGUUCUUCUAAUCUAAAAUCAUGGCUCAUCAUUUGGUGAUGUUCAGAGAUGUGGCUGUAGACUUUUCUCAAGAAGAAUGGGAAUGUCUGAACUCAUAUCAGAGGAAUUUGUACAGAGAUGUGAUAUUAGAGAACUAUAGCAACUUGGUGUCUGUGGCAGGAUGCUCCAUUUCUAAGCCAGAUGUGAUUACCCUACUAGAGCAAGGGAAAGAACCAUGGAUGGUUGUGAGGGAUGAGAGAAGAAGGAGCCUAGAUUUAGAGUCCAGAUAUGACACUAAAAUGUUAUUUCAAGAAAAGGAUCUUUAUGAAAUGAAUUUAUCUCCAUGGGAGAUCAUGGGAAGAAUUAGAAGUUGUGGCCUUGAAGACUCCUUUAUCAGAAAAGAUUAUAAGUAUAAGAAGUUUGAGGGACAAGAAGGUCCUCAAGAGGGCUAUUUCAGGCAAGUGAAAAAACUGCCCACUUACAGAAAACUCCCAUCUCUUACUCUGUAUCAGAGAAUUCAUAAUAGAGAGAAACCCUAUGAAUGUGGGGACUGUGGGAAGGCCUUUAGAGUACGCCAACAACUUACUUUCCAUCAGAGGAUCCACACUGGUGAAAAACCCUAUGAAUGCAAAGAAUGUGGAAAAGCCUUUAGACAGUGUGCCCACCUUAGUCGACAUCAGAGAAUUCAUACUUCUGACAAACUCCUUGAAUGUAAAAAGUGUGGAAAGAUCUUUACAUGUGGUGCAGAUCUUCGAGUACAUCAGAGAACGCAUAUUGGUGAGAAGCCCUAUGAAUGUAAGGAAUGUGGGAAGGCCUUCAGAGUACGAGGACAACUUAAUCUCCAUCAAAGGAUUCAUACUGGUGAAAAACCCUAUGAAUGUAAAGAAUGUGGGAAGACCUUUAGACAGUAUGCACACCUUACACGACAUCAGAGACUUAAUAUUGCUGAGAAAUGCUAUGAAUGUAAGGACUGUGGGCAGGCUUUCUUGUGUAGUACAGGCCUUAGAGUGCAUCACAAGCUUCAUACUGGUGAAAAGCCCUAUGAAUGUAAGGAAUGUGGAAAGGCCUUCAGAGUGCGGCAACAGCUCACUCUCCAUCAGAGAAUUCAUACUGGUGAGAAACCCUAUGAUUGUAAAGAAUGUGGGAAGACCUUUAGUCGUGGCUAUCACCUGACUCUUCAUCAAAGAAUUCACACUGGUGAGAAACCUUAUGAAUGUAAGGAAUGUCAGAAGUUCUUUCGUCGUUACUCAGAACUUAUUUCACAUCAGGGUAUUCAUAUUGGAGAGAAACCCUAUGAUUGUAAGGAAUGUGGGAAGACCUUUAGACUGUUCUCACAACUUACUCAACAUCAGAGUAUUCAUUUUGGUGAGAAACCUUAUAAAUGUAAGGAAUGUGAGAAGACUUUUAGACUGCUGUCACAACUUACUCAGCAUCAGAGUAUUCAUACUGGUGAGAAACCCUAUGACUGUAAGGAAUGUGGAAAAGCCUUUAGACUUCAUUCAUCACUUAUUCAACAUCAGAGGAUUCAUUCUGGUGAAAAGCCAUACAAAUGUAAGGAAUGUAAAAAGGCAUUUAGACAACAUUCCCAUCUUACCUACCAUCAGCGAAUUCAUAAUGUAACUAAAUUUCCUGAAGUUUUCUAUGUGAGUCUGAUUGAUAACUGUGAGAGCACAGGGGAUGGAUAUGGAUACAACUCAGAUCUUGCAGAGCUUGGAAACCUUGUCACCUGUCACUUUGCGGCCUCACAGCUGGGACAGCUCCCACCUUCAGGCCGCAGAAUGUUGGCCACUGCCUCUUGCAUUCUGUGGGAUGGAGCUGGUGGGGGUGGGUGCACACUUUUGGACUACAUUUCCCGGAGGCCACCGCGUCCCCUCGCCAUUUCGUACACUUAUUCCGUUACGUCUCGACGCAAGGAUCCAGUCUGCAGCGGCCAGUCGGCCUUGCCGUGGCGGGGUGGCUGUGCCCUUCUCCGCCGGCAAUAUCGGCUACGGUCACUUCGGUUCCGAGUGGCAGGGGCGUGGCGCCAUUCGUCUGGUUCCCCCGCGUCGGCGGAGUGCAGUGCAGUUGGCACCCCUCUCCUGGCAAACUCGGCACCGAGUAUUUCAAGUUUUUCUUCUUGCAGCUUUUAUGCAUUUCUUGUCAAGCUUGGGCUUAGCCCUGCCUUCUCUGGACUCUGCAUUUCUCCAGGAGAAGAACCCAGAAAACUGAUCAGUCCUGACAGUACAGUUCUAAAAAACAUGCCCCAUUGGCUGGUGACUUUCAGGGAUGUGGCCAUCGACUUCUCGCAGGAAGAGUGGGAAUGCCUUAACUCCACUCAGAGGGACUUGUACAGGGAUGUGAUGUUGGAGAACUACAGCAAUGUGAUUUCACUAGCUGGAUGUUCGAUCCCUAAACCAGAUGUGUUUUCUUUAUUGGAGCAAGGGAAGGACCCCUGGAUGGUGAUGAGAGCCAUGACAAGAAGAAGGAGCUCAGACUUGGAAUCCAGUUGUAAGAUCAUAAAGUCAUCCCCAGAAAAGGGAGCUUAUGAAAUGGAAUCACUGCAAGGGGAGAAUAUGAGGAAAUCUUUCAGUCAUAACCUUGAUUGCAAUGGUCUUAGAGAUACUACGAAGGGCAAAGGAAUGUUUGAGGGUCAACAGAGAAGUCAGGAAGGACUUCACAUGCACAUGAAAAUUACCUGUGGUGAAAAGGCCACUCAAAGCCAUUCUAUGUCACCUACUCUUUAUCAGAUACAUCCUACCAAGGAAAAAUUAUACAAAUGUAAGGAAUGUGAACAAGUGUUCAACUACCUGUCAUGCCUUACUCAGCAUGAGGAAAGCCAUAAUAAAGAAAAACACUCUGAAGUUAAGAAAAGUAGGAAGACCUUCAGCCAAAAGCCAGCCUAUAUUCAGCAUCAGAGGAUUCAGAAUGGUGAAAAGCCUUAUGAGUGUAUGGAAUGCGGGAAGGCCUUCAGUCGUAGUUCUGAUCUGAUUCAACAUCAGAAAAUUCAUACUAAUGAAAAACCUUAUCAGUGUAAGGCAUGUGGGAAGGCUUUUAUUCGUGGUUCACAGCUCACUGAACAUCAGAGAGUUCAUACAGGAGAGAAACCAUAUGAAUGUAAGAAAUGUGGAAAAGCCUUUAGUUAUUGUUCACAGUAUACUCUCCAUCAGAGAAUUCAUAGUGGUGAAAAACCCUAUAAAUGUAAGGAAUGUGGGAAGUCCUUUAUUCUUGGCUCUCAACUUACUUACCAUCAGAGAAUUCAUAGUGGUGAGAAACCUUAUGAAUGUAAGGAAUGUGGAAAGGCCUUUAUUCUUGGUUCACACCUUACUUAUCAUCAAAGAGUUCAUACUGGUGAAAAGCCUUACAGAUGUAAAGAAUGUGGAAAGGCCUUUUUAUGUGCCUCCCAACUUAAUGAACAUCAGAGAAUCCAUACAGGUGAGAAGCCCUAUGAAUGUAAAGAAUGUGGGAAGGCCUUUUUUCGUGGCUCACAACUAACUUACCAUCUGAGAGUUCAUACAGGUGAGAGACCCUAUAAAUGCAAAGAAUGUGGGAAAGCCUUUAUUUCUAAUUCUAAUCUUACUCAACAUCAGAGAAUUCAUACAGGUGAAAAACCCUACAAAUGUAAAGAAUGUGAGAAGGCCUUUAUUUGUGGCAAACAACUUAGUGAACAUCAGAGAAUUCAUACAGGUGAGAAACCCUUUGAAUGUAAGGAGUGUGGAAAGGCUUUUAUUCGUGGUGCAUAUCUUACCCAACAUGAGAAAAUUCAUGGUGAGAAGCAUUAUGAAUGUAAGGAAUGUGGGAAGACCUUUUUUCGUGCCACACAACUUACAUAUCACCAGAGAAUUCAUACAGGUGAGAAACCCUACAAAUGUAAGGAAUGUGACAAGGCUUUUAUUUAUGGCUCACAACUUAGUGAACACCAAAGAAUUCAUAGAGGUGAAAAACCCUAUGAAUGUAAGCAAUGUGGGAAGGCCUUUGUUCGUGGCUCACAUCUUACUGAACAUCUAAGAACUCAUUCCGGUGAGAAACCCUAUGAUUGUAAGGAAUGUGGGAAGGCCUUUAGUCGUGGCUCAGAACUUACUCUACAUCAAAGGAUCCAUACUGGUGAGAAACCUUAUGGAUGUGUUCAAUGUGGUAAAGACUUUAGACGUCAUUCACAACUUACUCAACAUAUGAGGCUUCAUAAUUGAAAAAGCCUUGAUUUUGAUUUAAUAGAAGGCUUCAACACUUCUGAAAUGUUAGAGAACCCAUAUUAUGUUCAUAGUGAAUGUAGUGAUAGAUCCUUUUGCUUGUGCUAAAAAUCAGCUAAUUUUUAGAAAACCUGUAUUGAAUGCAGAAAUAACUUUUGGAACCCAUUAAAUAUUUUUAAGAAUCUCUAUAGCUUUGAAAUGUAAUGCUGAAGUAUAUUCUUUAUUGAGCACCAUCUCUAUUUCACCAUUUCCUGUGAAAUUGGAGAAAUUAAUCUCUGUGUGCCUCAGUUUCUUUGUGUAAAAUAAUGGAAUAACAGCACAUUGAUUAAAUUAAAAAUGAUUAAAUGUAUGCAA